ACACGCCCAGUGCGAUUCUCAAGCUGUCUCUUCUCUUCAGGAAUGGUGGAGUUGGGAAGUCACUCCCUUAGCCCUCCACCGGGAUGAGCCACCUGCCAGAAGACAUGGAGAACGCUCUCACGGGGAGCCAGAGCUCACACGCGUCGUUGUGCAACGUCCACUCCAUCAACCCCGCUCAACUCAUGGCCAGGAUCGAGUCCUAUGAAGGAAGGGAAAAGAAAGGCAUUUCCGAUGUCAGGAGGACUUUCUGUUUGUUUGUCACCUUUGACCUCUUAUUUGUAACGUUACUGUGGAUAAUAGAGUUAAAUGUGAACGGAGGCAUCGAGAACACCCUGGAGAGAGAGGUGGUCCAGUAUGACUACUACUCUUCUUACUUUGAUAUCUUCCUCUUGGCAGUUUUCCGAUUUAAAGUCUUAAUACUCGCCUACGCUGUAUGCAGGCUGCGCCACUGGUGGGCAAUAGCGCUGACGACCGCGGUGACCAGUGCCUUUUUAUUAGCAAAAGUCAUCCUCUCAAAGCUUUUCUCUCAAGGGGCUUUUGGCUACGUGCUGCCCAUCAUCUCAUUCAUCCUUGCCUGGAUCGAGACGUGGUUCCUGGAUUUCAAAGUGUUACCUCAGGAGGCAGAAGAAGAAAACAGACUCCUGAUAGUUCAGGAUGCUUCAGAGCGAGCGGCACUCAUACCUGGUGGUCUUUCUGAUGGUCAGUUUUAUUCCCCUCCUGAAUCUGAAGCAGGAUCUGAAGAAGAAGCUGAAGAAAAACAGGACAGUGAAAAACCACUUUUGGAGCUAUGAGUACUACUUUGUUAAAUGUGAAGAAUCCUCACUGACGGUAACCCAAGGAAGAAGAGACUAGAAAUGGGGUCUCUGUAUGGAAGGUGGCAGUGCUCACUCCUUUGCUGACACGAUUGAACGGCUAAUAGGAAUUUAUUUAUUGUCAUACCUCACGGACAUGUACAGUACCCACACGGUGGUCGCCUGCCUGUGGCCGGGAAGGAGAUGUAGUGAGCUGGCGUCCGUCCAGGAGACUGGGCCUGGCGUGCUGAUGGAUAACUGAAGAAAAGUCUCGUGCUGUAUUCCUAAUCAAAGACUCCUUAAUAUAUUGACAUAACACUUUUUUUGGUAAGUGAAGUACCUU